AUGAAGCUCACUGCAACUAUCGCAGCCCUUGCGGCUACGGCAAGCGCGUUGCCCUCCAAGACCUCCAAGGAGGCGCCUCGUCAAGCUGGUAGUGCCUGCUCUUCUGCGGUGUCCCUGGACGCUAAGACCAAUGUCUGGCAGAAGUAUACUCUCCAUGCAAACAGCUUUUAUAGAAAGGAGGUAGAGGAUGCAGCGGCUACCAUGAGUGGGACCUUGAAGGAGAAGGCACUUAAGGUUGCAGAUGUUGGCUCCUUUGUUUGGCUUGACACCAUCGCCAAUAUUGCCAAGCUUGAGCCGGCUAUUGCUGAUGUUCCCUGUGAUCACAUUCUGGGUGCUGUUAUCUACGAUCUUCCGGGUCGUGACUGUGCGGCCAAGGCGUCGAAUGGCGAGCUCAAGGUUGGAGAAAUCGAUAAAUACAAGACACAGUAUAUCGACCCAAUUGUCACAAUUAUCAAGGCAAACCCUAAUACGGCAUUCGCACUCGUUAUCGAGCCGGAUUCGCUUCCUAAUCUGGUCACCAACUCUGAUCUUACUACAUGCCAGCAGAGUGCCGCUGGAUACCGCGACGGCGUGGCUUACGCACUUAAGCAGCUCAAUCUGCCCAAUGUCAUUAUGUAUAUUGAUGCAGGCCAUGGUGGUUGGCUUGGCUGGAACGACAAUUUGAAGCCAGGCGCUCAGGAGCUUGCCAAGGCAUACAAGGCUGCUGGCAACCCCUCUCAGGUUCGCGGCAUUGCAACCAACGUGGCAGGCUGGAACUCCUGGGAUGCAGAGCCUGGUGAGUUUGCCAGCGCCUCUGAUGCUCAGUGGAACAAGGCCCAGAACGAGAAGAAAUACGUCACCCUCUUCGGCGCCGAGCUUCAGAGCGCAGGCAUGCCAAACCAUGCUAUCGUCGACACGGGACGCAACGGUGUCCAGGGACUCCGCGAGGAAUGGGGUAACUGGUGCAACGUCAACGGCGCCGGGUUCGGCAUCCGACCAUCUGCUGAGACUGGUACUGAGUUGGCCGAUGCCUUCGUCUGGGUCAAGCCUGGUGGCGAGUCCGACGGUACGAGCGAUUCCAGUGCCACCCGCUACGACUCCUUCUGUGGAAAGUCAGACGCCUACAAGCCUUCUCCUGAAGCUGGCAGUUGGAACCAAGCUUACUUCGAGAUGCUACUCAACAACGCGAAGCCAUCAUUCUAA